AGAUUAAAUAAAUAUAUAUCAAAUAAAAGCCAUCUUACCAAAACCCAAAAUGACAUCUUUCUUUAUUACUAAUUUAAAUAAUUAAAUAAAAAAAAUAAAGAAAAUUAGUGGCGCAACAAAGCAAGCCCAAGUGUAAGCAAUUUUCACCAUUUGUCAGCCUAAAGUUGAUACGUGUCAGCCACGUCAUCUCCUCAUGCAUGUCCACUCAACUUACGUGGAGCUCUCACAACCCUCCACGUCAUCUCCGAGCCCACCCUUCCUCUCCUUAUAAAACACUCACAUGUAGUAGUCGAAGCUAUCUUUACAUAUACGACGUCGUUUUUUUUUUACUUAGAUUAACUUAAUAAUGGCCUCGAGUGACAAGUCACCGUCUCCGAUGCCGGCGGGUUCGGCGAAGCACAUACCGCCGGGAAAGGCGAUGACAGUGGAACAGCACGUGUUGGACGCCGGAGCCGAGAUGAUACAGUCGCUGAAGCCGGUGAAGCAGAUGAACCAACACGUGUGCAGCUUCGCCCUCUACAGCCACGACAUGACACGUCAGAUCGAGACCCAUCACUACGCCAGCCGCCUCAACCAGGACUUCCUCCAGUGCGCCGUCUACGAUUCCGACGACAUAUCCGCCCACCUCAUCGGAGUGGAGUACAUCGUUUCGGAUAGGGUGUUUGAGAAUUUGCCUCCUCAGGAACAAAAGCUUUGGCACUCCCAUGCUUACGAGGUGAAAUCAGGGCUGUGGGCGACUCCACGUGUUCCAGAAAUGUUAGGAAAAUCAGAGCUGGAAAAUAUGGCCAAAACUUAUGGCAAAUUCUGGUGCACAUGGCAAACCGAUAGAGGUGACCCGCUUCCAAUGGGUGCACCAGCGCUGAUGAUGUCGCCCCAGGCGGUGAGCCCCGGAAUAGUGAGGCCGGAGCUGGUGGUGGAAAGAGAUGGUAAGUACAACAUGUCGACGGAGGCACUGAGAGGGUCGAGAGUGGACAUCGCCGAGUCUGAGUGGAUCAAUCCUCAGGCCGACUACUGGAAGCAACAUGCCAAUAAGGGUUUCGCCAUUGAUAUUCAACCCACUCAGAUCAAGCUCAUCUAAUCAUAUACAUAUAUAUAUAUAUAUAUAAAUAUGCUUAAAUAAUCUUUAGUUAGUUUAGUUUGGACGUUGGAGUUUAAAACAUAUAUAUAUAUAUAUUAAGUUGAAAUAUUUUAGGC